AAACCAUCAUAGCCUUGCGCGAAAAACGGCGCAAUCUCAACAACAACAACAGCGACGCAACAACACAGCAACAGCAAGAGAGAAAGAUGGGCCGAGAUGAUAGCAGCAGCACGCCCGAGCCUGCUGCGCGGUGGAUAAGCACCCCACCAGGGCACCACAGGCCACAGGGAGCAUACACGCACACAGCAGCGAUACUGGCGCACGUACAACGCCAAAGGGCGCUGGCAGCGGCUGUGGCGGAAACCACGGAAACCACGACAACCAACAGCAGCAGCAGCAGCAGUGGUGGUGGUGGUAGCAGUGAUGCACAGCGACAUGGUGCAGGCGCUGCUGUGGACUCUGAUGGCAAAGCGCUCAGCAAGACGUUCCAACCAGCUGUCAUUGACUGGGAGCACAUUGACAAGACCCGCUUCUACACCCUCGCCCCUCUCGCAGGCAUCCUCACUCGCAUCAUCCUCUACCCAACAACCCUCGUCAAGACGCGCCUUCAAGUGCAGAAGCAGCGCUCAUUCUACAACGGCACGGUGGACGCGUUCCGGAAGAUCAUCAAGUAUGAGGGCGUCCGUGCCCUCUACAAGGGGUUCAUGCCAAACCUCCUCAACGUCGGCGCCGGCCAAGUAUACAUCACAUCGUAUGAGGGCCUGAAGGACCAGCUGCAGCCGUUCAUCUCCAGCGAGUUUUCACGCAACUUGCUUGGCGGCGGCCUGGCCUCUAUGGUCUCCCAGACGAUUGUGGUACCCGUGAACGUGGUUUCCCAGCGGCUGAUGGUUCACGGACAGUCCAUCACCAUGGGCGAGCGCAUGGAGCCGCUGACGGCGCGUGCACUCGUCAGGCAAAUCUACUCAUCGCAGGGUCUGCGAGGGUUUAUGAAAGGCUACUGGGCGUCUGUUGCUGCAUUUGGCCCGAGCAGCGGCCUCUGGUGGGCAUCAUAUGGCGUCAUCCGCCGGUGGCAAUCAGGUACCGAGGCAGUGCGCCAAGGAACGUACACGAUUGCGCUGCAGGCGUUGGCGGGAGCGAUGGCUGGAGCCAUCACGGCCGUCACCACAAAUCCACUCGAUGUUGUCCGCGCACGGCUCCAGGUGGAGGGGCGUGCUGGCGACAAGCGUGGGUGGGCGACCAUCUUCGGGGAGCUGUGGAAGGAGGAGGGUGUUCGUGGCCUCUUCAAGGGCGUGUCUGCCCGCGUGUUUUACAUGGGAUUCAACAGCCUGCUCAUGAUCACCACCUACGAGACUGUGAAGCGGUUGAGUCUGCGUGAGGACGCCGUGACGGAACAGGACGUCGCACUCGAGGCGUGCUCCUGAACACACACGCAGACACACACAUACACACGCACACACACACAUACACACGCACACACACA